AUGGGAAAGUCCACAGAAACUCACACCAGUCCUCGGCGAAAACUGCCGAGUUUCCCGCCUGAAAAACCCCAAAAGGAAGAUUCUACUGCUGGCCCAGUGAAUCUGGAGUCGCCAGGUGAUCAAAGCGACCAGAAAACAAAGCUCGUGAAUCUCUGGAUCAUAUCACUUUUCAUCAAAGUCCUUCUAUUUGUGGGAUACCACUCAACAGACUUUGAUGUCCACAGAAACUGGCUUGCAAUCACGAACAAGCUUCCAAUUCUGCAGUGGUACACAGAAAACACGUCACAGUGGACUUUGGACUACCCUCCAUUCUUUGCAUACUUUGAAUGGGCCUUGUCGCAGUUUGUGCCGUCUGUGGUGGCCCAGGAUGGAUGCUUGGAUAUUGUAGAGAAGGGCAUGUAUGGGUUCCCAACUGUGGUUUUUCAGCGCACCACCGUCAUUUUGAGCGAGGUGGUCUUAUUCUUAGCGCUCCAGAAAUAUAUUGAUAGCUUUAAGGGCCAGAUCGGCCGCAGCAGGGCGCUCGUGGUUGCCCUGAGUCUUGUUCUCUCUCCCGGCUUACUUAUAAUCGAUCAUAUUCAUUUCCAGUACAACGGCAUGAUGUAUGGGCUUCUUGUGUUGGUGAUUGCCUAUGCGCGCCAGGAGCAAUUCUUGUGGUGCGGCUUCUGGUUCAGUGUACUUCUUUGCUUCAAGCACAUCUAUUUGUACUUGGCGCCUGCCGUGUUUAUCUUCUUGUUGCGUGCGUACACUUUGAACCUUCAGUAUGACACCAAAAAGAGCUUUUUCCACAAUGCAAUCCGUUUUGUUCGCUGGACAAAUCUUCUCAAAUUGGGCUCCGUCGUUAUUUCCGUUUUCGCGGUGGCUUUCGGUCCAUUCGUGUAUCACAACAAAAUACCAAACCUUCUCGAGAGACUCUUUCCGUUCAGCAGAGGCUUGACACAUGCAUACUGGGCUCCUAAUGCGUGGGCCGUGUAUCUGUUCAUGGACAGAAUUCUAAUUCAAGUGUACAAGAGAAUCCCACUCUCGAGGCUUCCAUUGCAUAAGAUAUUCCAUUUCAAUAUUGCGGCAUUGGAAAAUGAAGACCUUCUUAAUUCAGCCACUCGGGGAAUUGUCGGAGACAUUGAAUUUUUCAUUUUGCCCACGAUCACUCCAGGCUUGUCAUUUUUGUUGACUCUCUUUUAUCAGAUCAUGGCUCUCAUUCCUCUUUUCAUCCAACCCACAUAUGAGCGAUUUGUAGGUGCUCUCACUCUUUGCGGCUACGCCUCAUUCCUUUUCGGAUGGCAUGUCCACGAAAAAGCGAUUCUCAUAGUCAUCUUUCCAGCCACUUUUCUCGUUCUCAAGGAUAUCAGAUUGUUAAAUUGCUUCAGCCUUUUGGCUUCAUGCGGAUAUGUUUCGUUAUUCCCACUCAUUUAUACAUGUGAAGAAUGGCUCAUCAAGAUCCUUUACACUCUUCUUUGGUAUAUCAUCUACUACUUCAGUUUCAGAAAGGUUGCGAGUGUCACCUCUGAAUCUUAUUCCCGAAAUGCUGGCGGUAUUUUCCUCGUGGAACGAAUGAGCUCAUUGUAUGUGUUGGGACUUAUACCAAUGACCAUAAUUGUUUCAUUGAUUGAGCUCUUGAAGACCAAAUUUGUUGUGUUGGAAAAGCUAGAAUUCAUGAAACUCAUGAUUGUCAGUGUUUAUUGUGGAGUGGGGAUAAUUGGAUCCUGGAACCGCUUCAAUUGGCUCUACUUUCUUGACGAGAGCAUUUGGCAAAGGACAAAGUAA